UUUUGUUGCAGACACUUCACGCAAUUGUUUUUUUUUUUUUUUGCGUUAUAAACAAAAGGUAUAUCUUUAUCCGAAAUAUUUUAAAAAGUCAUUAAAAGGUCAUUAUAGUAUUUGGGACCUAUUUAUUUCAUGAGUCUUCAUUGACCAAUUAGUGGAACCAGCAAUGUAUCUUUGUUUGUUAAGAUUUUUGUUAUGGAGUUGAAGAACCCGGUACAGUGCCGUGUUUACAGAAGGGGAAAAAACUAUUAAAUUUGAUAAAAGGGCAAUGUAACAAAAGAGCCAAAGACGUCAUCUUUAGAGUCUCUUGGAGUCAGGAAAAUACCUUUCCGUGUUAAAGCUAAAGAUCAACGCAUUUUGCAGGACGUACGACCGUUUCAAUCUUACGAGUUAUAAGACUUUAAUUCUAUUUUUGUAUGCAACUUAUAAAUUGUCCUUGUAUUUUUUUCACUGAUUAUUUCAAAUGAACUAUAUUUCAAGAAGCUUGGGAAAAAUACUAAGUACAGAUUUAUACAUCUGUAAUUCAGUGUGGCAAAACUGAAUUGUUAUGGGUUCUUUUUUAUCAAUUCCUAAUCCUGGUAGAAAAGAUGAACAUCUACUCACAAAACUUAAACCACCAAGGAAAUCAAAAUCAGGGCAUAUAUGGACUGAUGAUUUGCCAACGCAAGAAAAUUGUUAUUGCGUUGAUAAUAGAAAGAAUGUACCUUAUCAUUCUGUUAUGAAAUUCCAUGAACAAGACGCUACAAAUGUUAAACUCGAAAACGCUGAAUCCAAGAAAAUGAACAUAAACCUUCAACACACAUCAGAUAUCAAAAGCCCUGUGAAGGAUACUACUUUUCGGAUUCGAGAAAAGGACUUUCCAAUUGACCAAUCAGAGAAAUCAAGAUCGUCGCAGUUUCAAACUGUAGAUAACUACUCAAAUGACGUAUUAAAAAGCAAACGCUUGUUGGAGGAAACUGGAUUUCACUUCUUGAUUCCUCAAUUAGUUUAUGCCUUUAACCAACUGCAAGCGGAAGCCUCUCGAUCUUCAUAUCAUAAAGACGAAAUAAUGAACUAUUACGAAGAAUUAACUAAGCAAAGCAAUAAAUUUGCUUUCGUUGUGACAGGCAUAAUCGGAAAGGAUAAAUCUCGAGCAAGUUUAUUAUUAUUUGAACGAUUGAAAAAUUUGAAUGAGGCGACUCCCUUUGCAGUGAGAAACAUUAGGGAACUUGAAUCUAUUCAAGUUCUCCCUGACAUCAAAAUGACAAUACUUGUGGACGGACUGUUUGAACAAAUUACAUCUUUGGCAACUCUCAAAGAAACAGUAUCUAGCCUCGACAAUUUUUUCAAGUUGCUCAAUACCUGGUCAGAAAAUAAUACUAUCAUAAUAUCAAUGGAAAAAGAAGUUCUCAACUUCCUUAAGAUUUCAAGUGCUGCAGAGGACUUUCUUCAAAAAAGCUUCGUAAUCGAUUUGACAGACAAGGUAGAAAAGAACAUGAAGGAAAUAUUCACGCACAUUAAUGACAUGGACGAGAAAUGUUUUUCGUGUUUGUCUUCGGUGCUGUUGAAUCCUGGUUUGAGCUUUCAAUGUUCAGCAGCUUCUCGCAUACAUCAUUCUGAUCUUUUUCGCAAUGAUUUCAUGAUUCCACAAAAAAUCGCAGAGUCUUUUGUUGGGAUUUAUUUAGAGAAAGAAGAUAGCUGCUAUUAUGUUAAUGAUGAAAAUAUCCGAAAGGUUUUGUGUCAAGUUCAUUUAAAGCGAAAUCCAGAGGUAUUUCUUGAAAUAUGUCCUUUAAGAUACCUCAGUUACAUUAUGGACCAUGAUGAUGUUUGCAUAACGAAAGAUACUUUUUAUGGAACAUUGCUCUUACGUUUUUUUAACGAAAUAAAAAUGCAUCCUUCACAUUCCCUGUUUGAGGAAUUUGCGCGACUUUUGGAGAUGAAAAACUUUGAUGAACAUAUAUUUUCUUUCGACGCUGUGAAAGCAAAUAUUGCUCAAAUUCCGAGCACAAUCAAGGCCCAUUUGGCAAAUCAACUAGCAGUGAGUGGAAAGGAUGAGUUUUCAUCCCUUAUACAGAUGUUGGUAAAGGACCUCAAUUUGACUGCAAAAAAUGUAUCUAAAAUGUCAUAUGAUGAUAUCUCAAAAUUGUCCGAUGAAAAUAUAGCUCAUUCAAGAUCCACUUUUACUUCAAUAGCUUGCGAAUUUGAUAUGACAAGGUAUGAAUGGGGUCAAAAAGCUGAAAAUAUUUACCCUGAUUGUCUUUCCAACCAAGUGCUUGAAAGGUUGGUAAAAAGUGUUCAUAUGUCUGAUACGUUGAUGGCAAAAAUUUUAAUUAGAGCAGUUGAGGAAAACUUUUGCUGCCAGUUUAGCGUCGGAUCUGAAUAUGUUUGGACAGGAUACAGGUUUCAAAAACAGAGAGUUACUUGCAAUGAGUAUGUCAUUAUUGUGCGUAUGGAAGGCUUUAAAUGUACGGCAAAAGAAGUGCUUCCUUUAAAAUAUUGCGGACUUGAAGUCCUUGUAAAAGGAAUCUCUGAAGUUGAUGGUGAAUCACGUGCAAUUAUGGAAGAUGAGGCUAAGUUUAACCUCGACAAAAAUUUGGUGAUACACGAUUGGGUCAUAAAUAGCUUACUUCGAUCCCAUAGUAACAUAACUGGGAUUACAACAUCAUCCGUAUUAUCAAGGAAUUACAAACCUGGCAAACCACCCAAUAUCGAACCAGUUUCCUGUAUUGUUAUAUCAUGCCACACAAAAGGUAUAAUUCCAAUGGGCGAAAAACCAUUUCCUACGAAUAUAAAUGGUUAUCCUGUGGAUGUACGUGAAUCUUGUGCAGCUAUUUCUGCAAUUCGCCAUCCUCAAAUAGGAGACAGUAUCAAAUCAAGCACUGCUGAAAUGGGUAAGGGCACCUUAGGAGGAUUCGUUUUUGUUGGCAACAAAAUAUAUUACUUAACUGCAGCACAUGUCUUGGUAUUAAAAAUCCAUCUUAAUGAACACUUGUUUAAAAACGCAAAAACGUUAGAUGUCAAAAUUUUAAGAAAAAUUUCUAACGAAUGGAAUGAAUGUGGAAAACUGGAGAGAGGGUAUUUUGGAGAGAUACGUUUGCAAAGAAAUUUUACGGUAGAUGCUGUUCUUGUCAACGUUGAUUCUGAUAAUCACAAGCCAAAACACCCCUUUCUUCCUCAAGAUAAUGCAACAGAUGCAGGAUUUAUAGAAGGAAGUAAACCGUUUUUCAGUGGGAAAAUAAAAGACGUUUCAAACCUGGACAAACCAUUGAAUAUUGUUAAAUAUGGACAAACAACGUUAUGGACAAAGGGGAGAUUGACCAGUAUUAAUGCUAUGAGAACGAUAAAAAUCAAUCAAAGCGGUAACCGUUAUUUUAUGAGACAUUAUUUCGGUCAAAUGGUUAUAAAAUCUGACCAUGGUAAAUUUGCUGAUCUUGGAGAUUCUGGAUCUCUCGUAUUCAUUGUAAGUGAUUACAACGAUCCAGAAUUAGAGUGCAUUGGACUCCUUAAUGCUGUAGACCAAGCAUCCUGGGAAGUCUAUGCAACGCCAAUCAGAGCGGUUUUGGAGAGUUUGAGACUUGAUGAAAAUGCCUUCAAAAAAUUUGAUCCUCCAUUUACCUUGACGUACUUAAACAUGAUCACAGAAAGAUUAGACUUGCACACUGAAAUUCUUUUCAACAUUCAAGAAAACACCAGACAACAAGCUUCCUGAUCACUCCCUGGUUUGUUUGGGUUUUUUCUACAUUCAAUCGGCUUAUGUGACUACAGUUCAUUCAAAUACAUAAUGCAAUUUUGCAUUAUUCUCCCGAAGUCAACCUAGACAUUGUAAUGGAGAGAACAAUAACAGGAAAAUCACAUAGUUAGAGCUUUGUCGUCUUUUUUUUUAUCGGGUUAAAGUUUUCCAAUGCUUAAAAGAACCUUAUGUGCAUUUGUAUAUCCUUUUGAAAAAGUCUGCAUAGACCAAACUUCUAGAAAAUAUGAGUGGUGAUUGUUGUACACUUUUUCCUUGAAUUAUAAAAGAAUAUUUGUAUUUUAUCAAUUUCAAGAUUCCUGGUAAAGUAUGUUCUCUUUUGUCUACGAACACCUGAUGGCAUUAUAAUCUCGAAUUAAUAAAUUUUGAAAAAAAUUCCGUAGCUAAAGUAUGUUGCGAAUGUCCAAAAGCAUGAAUAUUUAACAUAAUUAUGUAUAUUUAUUAUUUCAUUGAUAAAUAUUUUAAAGAUAAAUGUACUGUAGAAGUACUUUUUCCGCUUAGUAUUUAUUUACGCUGUGUACUUACUCAAAAAUUUUCGACAGAAAUUUGUACAAUCGAAUUUAUUGCAAAUAUAAUACAUAGAAAGAGAGUCUAAAGAUACCCGCGUAAUUUUCUACCAGCGGACUGAAAAGAGUUAGAGAUUCCGCGGAAUUAUGGCCCCGUGGAAGAAAGUACGUCUACAAUUUCCAAUAUAUUGUUUAUUAGUUUCUUUCUCCCUUUUUUAAAGUCUCUAAAGCCUAGUGAUAUUUUGCAGAAUUAAAUUGAGAAUAAAAAUGAGAUAAAUAUGCAUUUAAUCUCAUUAUAUUUACAUCCACUGAAUAUUUUCUCCUCUAUUUCUUAAGAAAACCCAUUGAAUUACUCACUGCAUGAACUACAUUAUGCAUGUCGUCUGUACAGAUUUCUUGAUCAGUGGCUGUUCCAUCAAUGAAACGUAUACAGACGUUCGCAUUAUUAAUACACUAAUUGAUCUUUUUCAUCCUGCUUUAAAUGCUUAUCUAAACAGAUAUAAUUAUAAACAAUAAAAUGUCUUUCUUUGUUUGUUAUCACUGGAAUUAACGGUCGCAGCUAUUGCAGAAAAAAUUCACAUAACCCGCUUACGCGGGUUAUGUAUUUUUUCUGCAACAGCUGCUUCCGUUAAUUCCAGUAAUAACAAACAAAGAA